AUGAAUGCGGACACAGCAUAUACUGACACGAUAUGGUUGCUGACGCUAAAGCAAAUGGCGAGCGACUUCCUCGCCAUGCCCGGGAACAAAAUUAUAGACAUCACCACAAUCGACACGAAAUGCACUGAUAACCUUGAGUAUAUGGAAGCGCUUACUGGAGCAGGAAGUGGAAUUACCGUCUUAAGUGCACCAGAUAUCGAAGAGAAGGAAAACGAGCCAAUCCAAGCUGAGGAAGAGAGGAAAGCCAGUACAACUUCCAACAGUCCAAACUCGAACGCUAUCACAAAUGUUGUGAACGAAUUCAAACUGACUUUGCAGCGGUUCAAAUGUCACCGUAAACAAAUUGAUUCACUCACUGGCCCUAGAAAUGAGAUCUAUUGGGGCCUUGCGGCUGGAUCCGAUGUUCGGGACAAGGAAAGUUUUAGAACUGGAAAAUACGGAGAAAUUGUGAAUGGAAGUGAACGCACAAUGGGUCAGACCUUCUUCAACGGUGCUGUAAAAGAGCAUUUUGCAGGACAUAUCGAGUGCUGGGAGCAAGACGAUAGUGGUGAUAGCUUUUACAAUAGAAUGGUGCAGACUUUAAAAGAUAUUUCCGACUUUGCGAUUGAUGCAGCUGUCAAAGCUAAUUCCGCAGAUGAUUGGGGAGAUGAGCACGGAUCGACAGGAAAGGCCGCAGCAAUACUUGCGUUGGUUGGAAUUUGUGGGAGACUAGUUGCAGCUCUUCUUGAGUGGUUAACGAACGACGACGACUUGGUCAUUCGACGAGAAAUUGCCUUUACAAAGCCAACAUUAAUUGCUUGGAGUAAACGGACCAAUAGCGAGUUAUCAUUCAUGUUUGAUGGGGCCCACCAAGGAAAGCAUGAAUUGUGGAUCAAGUGUGAAGCAUUUCCUCACUCAACUGGUAUUCUGAGAGGCUGGAAAGUAAUUUCUGGGACUAGAUGGGAUGCGCCAGUCGUCGCUGGUAGCGCCUUGGACGGUAUUUCAUUGGCAAACUUCAACAAUGAGUUAUGCGGUGUUUUCCUAGAAUUGAAUGGCGUAUUUCACUGGACUAAAUACGAUGGCAGUAAUCGAAAAUGGUCGUCGCCUAUUCCUAUUGUGAAUGGUACGAUUCGUUCUGGGUCUUGCCCUACUGUUGCCACACAUGGAGACCGCUUAUAUUGCAUGUAUCGCCACCACGAAAGUGAUAAAUUAUAUUGCAUAUCUGCUGCGACUGGAAGCAAUUGGACUUCUCCAGCUCUCGUAGCAGGAACGACAGGCGCGACUAUUGAUGGCCCAGCUCUUUGUGGACACAAUGACCGCCUUAUUGCCGUGCACCGAGGAGUGCAUGAUAAUCUUUGGUAUAACACUUCAAGCGACGGUGAGACUUGGACAACCCCAACAGAAAUAUCUUCCCGAUAUAGAACAAACAAAUCACCAGCUUUAUUCGUCUACAAUAAUAUCGUGCACUGUUUUAUACGUCUACCCAGUUCCAAAUCACUUGGUGUCUCCAAGUAUAAUGGUAAUUCAUGGAGUGACUUUGAGGAUCUUCGAGGCGCAGUGGAUUCUGCUCCUCAAGUGGGAUUGUCAUCAGACGGUAAGAUGAUUGUUGGUUACACAACGGGAAGAGAUUAUCUUAUAAAUUUCGAUACGUGCGACAAAGAUGGCAACUGGUCUUAUACUUCGUGGUGGUCCAAUGUCUAUAUCUCUGGCUCACCGGGUAUGAUUAAUUGGGAUGGAGUAUUAUGGAUUUAUGCUGGCUUGGCAACAUUGUAA